AUGCUACCAGAGAAGGUUGGCGGUACCGCCCUGCGGCAUACAUUGCAAAUCGUGGGAUCCUUUCACGACAUUAUUGCAUACAUUUUCAGUUUUGCUCAGCUAGGAAGUGCACCAGGCUGUUUGGAUUACAGAUGUCCUUCUGAACAUCUCACAGCAGACUGGGGAGGGACUGAGCAGAUUGGAAUUGAACUUCUUGAAAUACAGAAAAAAAUAGAUAGCCUUCCAAAUUCCUCAGAUCCAAAGAAGGUGUCUCACAUGCUGACCAUGCUCAAAGAAGUGAAGUUUCUUCAAUUUGAAGCAGCAGUGAGAUAUUCAAUGAGGGAAGCAUUUUUAUCAUCUGGAAAUGUUUCUGCAUAUCAGAGUAUUACAGACAACAUUUACCACGCAUUGCCUCCCAUGAGUAAUGCAGUUUUUGGAAGUGCAUUUGCUUCUCAACUCCAAAUUCCACAGCUAUUAGAUCCACAUGGGGAGAGAGCAUUAAUGCUGUUUCCCUGGAGGACAUUCCUAGCAAAAGGAGGUCUAUUUCCCAACACCAUAAGUAACCUAAAUCCCAUCAAUUCUAGUAUGCAGUUAUGCCUAUGUGGUCUGAGCAAUGAGGAUCAAAAAGUAGCUCAUGGAGAGCUGAUUGGGAUACAGUUUGUAAUGGAAGAUGUUCUCUGGAAUGCCGAAAUUCUGACCGACCACCAAGAAGUGCAAAAACCAUUCAGAAAGGUUUCAGCAACAUCAACAGCUGAAGCAAAAGGAAAAGCUUUAACAGCACCAUCUGAUACAAUGACCUCAUAUGCCUUGCAGAGAUCAUAUCUGAUACGAUGGAAGCAGCUGGAAAUGUUAAAGGCAGAAUGGGGAAGACUUAAAUUGAAAGUUGAGGAUAUCAACACAGUUCCUCUGUAUAAGCAGUUUUCUGAAUUGUAUGAAGCUGAAAUCUUUCAUGCUGCAAUGAAAUCCGUAGCCAGACAUUGCGGUAUAGAGGAUGACUAUGAAGAAUAUGGCACUAUCCAACCAUGUUCGUUCUUCCCUAAAGAAGUUUCAAAAAUUGAUGUAAUAACACACCAGUUUCAGAAACUUUUGGAAAAUGUAGAAAUACAUAUGAUCCAUGAUGUACAAAAGAAAAUUAACAAAGAAAUAACACUGGUUUUAUCUGAAAAAGCAAGAGAAGAGAGGCACCUCCCCACAGAACUCUGGAAGCAUCACAGCAUGCAAGAAAUGUUCUCUGUCACAAGGCCCGAAAUAGUUGAAUCAUUUAUACAGAGGCUAAUGGAAGAUCAUCAAGAAAUUAAUGCAGAGAUCAUCUUUCAAAGGGACCACUUUAAAAAGUGCCUCACCUCUCUAGCUUGUGAUGUCAUGGCCAGAGAACGUAGCAACUUUGAAACCUACUCCAUGUUCUAUGAAAAUCUGCUCCGUCGGCAACAUCAGCUACUAUAUCAAAAAGAACAGGAAGUGCGCGUCGUAGAAAACAACACAGGAGCUGCUGAAGUGGAUCUAAGUCAAAUAGCUAGACUGAGUCAUGAGAUGAUUCUGGAAAUAACUGCUCUGCGAGCCAAAGUAACUGAUCUGCAAAGAGAAGAUCACAACAUCAAAGAGAAGAUAAGAAAAGAAGUUCAAGAGGAUUAUGAAGCAUUGGUACAAAAUAUAUUUUUGGUGUGUCUGCAAAUAAAAGGGAAAGUAGAUGAAUAUCGUCUAAACAUGAACAAACAAAUGUCAGAAAUCAUCAGUGAAGUGAGAAAAGAAGGUGUGGAGAAAAUUAUUAAUCUGAAGAAAAAGUUUGGAUCUACAAAGGGUAACAGUGCGGUUGAAGAACAUUUGGCUCAGCAGGGGAAGUUGCAGGAACUACGGGAUGAAAACAGUGAAUUGGAGAAGUUGUUAUGCAAACUGAAGGUCUUAAAGUUCUGGAAAGAAACAAUGCAAAAAGCACAAUUUUUGAGAACAUUGCAAGAAGUAGAGAAGGAGGCUAUUCAGAAUAAAAAAGAGUGCUUGCAAUCCCAGAUGAAGGCGGAAGAUGAGGCCAUUUUAUUUAAUCAUCAGUUGAGAGCUGUAAAGAAAGUCUUGGCAGAAUCUCAGACCGAAAAUAAAAGGCUGAAGCAACAACUAGAGAAACAGGAAUAUUUACUUCAAGAAGCAGAACGUAAGAUUAAUCGAGAAUUUGGCAAAAGACAGCAAUUAGAUUUGAUUAAGACAGCAAACUUGGAUAAACUGUUAGAAAACCUUGGAGAGAGAGAAGUGAAGUUGUUGAACCUGACAGAAGAAUCAGAAAAAUCCUCUAAAACAAGACAUCUUCAGGAAGCCAAGAUGAAGAAAGAAAUUCAACAAAUAAGAAGCCAGCUGACCCAGGAACGCAAUUUAAAGCUGAAUGCUUUCCAGAGGAUACAUGAGCUGCAGUGUCAACGUUAUGACUCAGAAGCUGCAAUUUCCCAGAAAUGUUCCCCUGCAGUUACAAGAAGCUCUGCUAAUCUUUCAUACAUUACCAAAAGCAAACCUUACUAUUUUCCAGGCUCUUCUUCAUGCAGUCAGAAUGCAGAAUUGCCAACAUUCAUAUUAACCAAAGAUUCCACUCAGAAUCUUUUGACAGCCAAAACCAAGUUAGAGAAAAUCCCUAGGCCAAAAACAGUACCUUCAGGAUGGAGAAAUAGAAUAGUAGAUGUUCUAUUGCCAGAUCUUACCCAAACCUCACAUUCUACUUUUCCUGUGCAACAAGAGCAAAACCCAUCUAAAAAAUAAACUGCUACUAGAUUUGUCAUUGACCACGACUGAAAACAUUACACUACACAUAGUUGCUGUCAGUAAUUAUUAAUAAAACUUUUCCUACCAUAUUUUCUUCAACACUUUUGAGUAAUAAUGUGGGAAUAAAAGAUUUUGGUUUCAUCAUGGCAUAUUGAGAUUUCAUUGUUCUUUUGAAGUUACAUAUUGUCAUUGUACAGGUAUGACCACAAUUGAGAUCAAAAUUUAUUAAAAGAGAAAUUUAAGUGAGUUUUGCCCCAUUUUACAACUUUUCUCACCACAAUUGUUAAAUGAAUCACUUUAGUUCUUAAAUUAGUAGCACGGUUAUUAAGCGAAUCUACCAUAGUUUCCUCAUUGACAUUUCUUGUCAGAAGAUUACAAAAGCGAUAUGACUCCGGGACACUGCAACAGUCAUAAAUGUGAGUCAAUUGAUAAGCAUCUGAAUGUAAAUAACGUGACCAUGGGGAUUCUGCAAUGGUCGUAAGUGUGAAAAAUUGUCAUUAGUGCUGUUGUAACUUCAAACAGUCACUAAAUGAAUUGUUGUAAGUUGAAGACUACUUGUAUAUAAUGCUCAUGCAUUGCGUAAAGCUGUAGUUUGAUAUUUCUUAAACAAAUGAUCUCUUGGGUCCCCUAAACAAUGCCUUAUAAAAAUAUGUAGCAAAUGUUACAUGCUGUCAAUGUAACAUUUAUUAGGUUGUUUAUGUAGUCUAGCUCUAAGUAACUUACUUAGACAAAAAAGCAUUUUAAUAAAUGAUUUAUUAUUUUGGUAUUACGGUUGCAAAUAAUUUGCAUUUCUUCCAAUGACAACAUCACAUAUGCAGUACAUAAUAUCUGUAACAUUCCAUUCCCUAUGCAGUACAUUUGCAUAUGAGAGUUCUAAGAACAAUCCAGUUAAGUCACAAUUUACUAUCUAAAGAAUUAAGGUCCACGUGAUCAGUUAUUUUAUACAGGCAAUUGCUUAAAAAACAAACAAUAUGCUAAAUUUCAAACAGCAAAGUGAUAAAAAUCUAUUCAUACUAAUUCAAAAGUAAUAGCAUUAAACCGAAAACAAAGUUUUAUCUAUCUAAAUCUAGAAGGUAAAGAAUUUCAUAUGUGAAUAACCGGGAAGCCCCUUAAUGUGUCCACUGUAGUUUGGUAGAUUACAAAUGAAGCUGGUUUAGAAAAUCAAAUCAUCUGCCACUGCAUGUAAUUGUUAGAAAUGCCCUAGUAACUAAACAUACAGCUUUAUGCCACCUAAAUAGAAAAUAUAGAUUUCCUGAAAGGUAAAUAUUAACACCUGAAUUUUCUAAAAUCAUUGGAAAAUAGCAAUUGCUGACACUAAGGGGCAGAGAUAUUGAUUAAAAUUUCUUUCCCUGACAUGAGGACAACAUUAAGAAAAUUUAAGGCACUUGAAAGAGGGUUCACUGUAUUUAGGAAUACAUGUUUUAAUGUCUUUGAAAGGUAUUCUUGGCUCAGUAACAAAAUCAUCUCACAUUUUGAUUCUGGAAGUGCAUACAGCACUGUCAGUUUUGAAACAUUUUCCCCUUUAAAUUUACAAGAUAAAUAUUAACAUUCAAGAAUAAG